ACCAUCUUUUGGUUUUGUUGCAUUAAAUUGAUCCCACUAAAAGUUAAUUGUUGUUAAAAUUAUUAUCAUAAAAAUUAUAACAUUAUUAGAAAAGGAUAGAUUCUUAUAAAGAUAAGUUAAAAAGAGAUGGAGCUAAGUUUUAAUUUUUGACAUAACAUAACCUAGAAAUGUCAAACAAUGACAGUUCAAAACACAACAGAGUGACAACAAGGUUUUUGCCGGCGUAAUUUUCGACGUAAAACCGAUAAUCAUAUAAAUUUAUAGUAUUCGUCAUGUCUGAGAAGCCUCCUGCUUUGUUCGGGUGGGAUUUGUUAUAUCAGAGUAUCGAAAAAGAUGUAAAAACCAACCAAGACGUUCUGGUAUGUUUUGUCCAUUUAAUUUUAGUUUCAAAUGGAUUUAAAUGUAUCGGAAUUGGUGAAUCGAAAACGUUGGAUGGUACGGAAUCGAAAACUGAGGCUUUACCAUCUGGUUGGAAUGACGGUUAUGCUAUACGUUACAUUUAUCAAGGGAGAUUGUAUAAUUUGAAAGGUUCAGAGAUUGAGGAUGGAAUUAUUAUUAAUUUGAUACGUACUGAUGAAAGAUCUGUUUCUAUGGUGCAACUAAAUAGUAGGAUGGUUUUACAACGUACGGGUUCGUUAGAUAAUAUGAUACCCGAUAACUUAAACAUAUUAGAUUUGGUUAAAAAACAACUUAUUGACAAAGUUGUUGUUUCGACAAAAACUCGUGAUACAAGUUCACAAACUCCAAAAGAACCACAAAGGUUAGUGAGUGAUCAAACUCCAGCUCGUUUAAUGGAUCCACAAAGAUCAGGAAUAGGACCGUUUUUGCCACCUUUAGGAAUUGGCCCAAUUGGUGGGCCUAUUGGUGGGAGCCCAUUAGGAGUUGGAAGUAGUGAUUUACAUCCAUUUGGAGCAAACCCUAUGGGAUUACCGCCUUUUGGACAACCAGAUUUUGGAAGUGGAGGAAUGUUGUUUGUUCCACCUAGGGGUGGAGGUCCAUUUGGUCCAGAUAUAAAUACAGGAAUUCCUGGUGGAUCUUUGCCACCUGGGGCACGAUUCGAUCCAUUUAGACCACCAGAUGUUGAUCGCUUUCCAAGACCAAGACCCAAUAAUAAUCCAGACAACGAUGAAAUGCCACCGCCUGGUUUUGAUAAUAUGUUUAUGUAACUUAUUUUAAGCAAGUUUUUGAUGGGUUAUUAUAAUAUUGGUUUUUUUUUUAUAAUAAUAAAAUAAAAAAUAAAAAAAUCGUUUUCAGCUUA